AUGGAACUAUGCAUAGGCAUGUUGACUGCUGCCAUACAGAUAGCAUUGCUGCUUGCAUAUAAAUACUCAACUAGGCACGCGAGAUAUUUAAUUUAUGCACCGCUCAACACAGUGUCUUUAGUAUCUUACUUUAUGCUGCGCAGCUUUGUCACAAGAAGUAACCUUGAUGUUCGCUCAAAAGUGCUCUUGAGAAUAGUGAAGCUUUAUGGAUGGGUUGUAUUGAUGUACACUACGGUCUCUGUUUCGGUUCCAGAACACGGCUACGGUAUAUUUGCGGUUGGAACUGCACUUCUUAUCACAGACCUUAUCAGGGCGUAUCUUUAUGAGUCAUCCAAAAGAAGCUUUGAAAACAGGAUACUCACAGGUAACUUCUGCGAUAUCCUUAAGCUUGAGAAAUACAUAGUGCAUUCCACAGAAGGAUUACCAGUAGCAGAUCUUUGCACAGAUAUGACGAUUGAUCAGUAUUUUGCGAGAGGAAGGCCAAAGGCAUUCGCUAUUGAUGAGCUAUUUGCACUGUGGAGCGAUCAAGGCAGAAGCGAAGAAAAUGAUUCAGAAAGCGAUAUGAAGGAAGGAGGUACAGAAGGGCAACUAAGGCAUAGACGAAGGCUUAAUAUAACUCCAGAGAUGUACGAGUACCCAAAUCACUCAAGAAAUAGAUGCAAAUGGAACCUUGAAGCGAUCCAGAAAAUUGAUCUGACAUCUGAUGAAGUAAUUGCUGAAAAGAUGCAGGUGAGGCAGCCAUGCGAGAGGAUUCCAGCCACAGUUAGAGAAUCUGAACCUAAUGUUAAUGUUAAGGAUAUUCUUCUUGAGAUAAAAAAGAAUAAAGCAAAGAAAAAGCCAUGCAGACCAGGAUUGAUUUCUCCAAGGUCACUUGCAGUGCAUUAUGGAGAGGUACACUCUCAAAUCAUGUAUAAACUGAUUGCAUUCAGAAGAGGAGACGAGAUGAACUAUGACAUGUUCAAGGAGAACGGAAGACAGAUUAAUGGAGAGCGAGCAAACCUAUUCACUACAAUUGCAGACAAUAAAAAGCUACUUAAUGUUGUAUGGGCCACGCUCUUCAUCAUAGAGAUUGCAGUUGCAUAUAUGAUGGUGUUUAUGUAUAUUAAAGCACAACCGCUGCUUCUUGAGCUUGCAGCUCCAAUGAUUGUUGUUCCUGCAUUGCCUGUGAUCAAGAUGGCUGUUGAAUCAUUUCUAUUCAUUGUAUAUACACAUCCAUACGAUCCUGGAGACCGGGUGCAUAUUGAUGGAGAAAAUAUGAUUGUCAGGGAAAUAUGUCUAUUUAAUACCACGCUUGAGUGCUGGGAUGGAAUGGUUGUUAUAAUACCUAAUCUUGUGAUACGUGAAAAGGCAAUCCUAAACAUUAGGAGAUCUCGAUCACAGCAAUGGAAGCUUUCUGUGCUGGUGUCAUCCAAGACAUGCGAUAAGAAAAUAGAAAUACUCAAGGAUGUGAUCAGGACAUUUGUAAAGGAGGACAAAUCGUAUGUCACGGCCAGCAUGAAUGUUUCUGAGAUCCUGGACUCGAGUUAUAUAAGACUUGAUAUAAUUGUGAAGCACCUGAUGAACUUCCAGAGCGGAUUUUUCAUGUGGAGCAACCACACUAAGUUUGUUGGCAUGCUGCUUACUGCACUGCACAUGCUUGAUAUUAGGUUCAAUCCAUUGGGCAAGGAGAUUGCUUGGACAGGUGUUGAUAUGCCACUAAAUACAGUUGUUUGCUAA